CUAAAAAUGAAAUGACAUCUCUCUCGCAUAUUUUACUCAAGAAUUUAAAAUUGUAAUAAUUAAGAAGAUAUUCAAUCAUCCAAAAGCAUCAAUUGCUCAAUUUCAUCAGCAAUAAUGAUUCAUUUCGUGAUUCUUGUUAGCCGACAAGGAAAAGUGAGGCUGACCAAAUGGUUUUCAACCUAUCCCCAGAAGGAACGAUCUAAGGUAAUGCGGGAACUGAGUGGCAUAAUACUGAAUCGGGGUCCCAAGUUGUGCAACUUUGUGGAGUGGAGGGGAUUCAAAGUUGUUUACAAAAGAUAUGCGAGCCUCUAUUUCUGCAUGUGUGUUGAUGAGGAUGACAACGAAUUGGAAAUUCUUGAAAUAAUUCACCAUUACGUUGAGAUACUCGAUCGCUAUUUCGGCAGCGUUUGUGAAUUGGACUUGAUUUUUAACUUCCACAAGGCCUACUUUAUAUUGGAUGAGCUUCUACUUGCAGGGGAGCUUCAAGAGUCGAGCAAGAGAACAGUCGGACGCAUGAUAGCUACACAUGUAUGCUAUUUAUUAUGGAGGAGGAUCGAUUUGUGGAGGCUGCUAAAGAGGAGGCCAGUUCCAUAGGCACUUUGAUCGCACAAGUUCGCAUGUAGGAGGGAUUCAUGAAAUGGUCAAAAUGGAACUAAUAUUGACACUUUAAGAAUUUAAUUGUGCUUUUCAGACUUUCUAUAUUUAAAAAAAAAAUCUUAUAAAGAAUGCACAAUUAGAUUUUCGAAGCAGCAACAACAAUUUCCAAUAUAUAUAUUAUACAUUAAUUGGAUAUUCAGAAGUACUCUUACCUUACAUAAUAUUCCUUUG